AUGAAUAACAGAGUUGCAAUUGAAGAACCUGUAGUAGUUAAUCCUAAUAGAACACAAUUACAGACAUUAUAUGAACAUUUUCGAAAAAGAAAAUUAACUUGGAUAAUAUGUUUCAUAAUUAGUUUUGUUGUUGUAAUUAUAGUUAUUCCAACAAUUAUUUUUACAGUCAACAAAACUAAACGAGAAAAAACAUCAACAAUGCACAUAACGACAGAGAUAACAACAACAACAACAGCAGAAAUAACAGCAGCAGGUGAACAAUUACUUCCUUCUGUUAUUAUUAAUAGUAAUACGAAAUGGAAACAGAAUGGAUCUACUGUUGCUGGAGGACAUGGAUUGGGAAAUGGAUUAAAUCAAUUAGAUCACCCUCUUGGCAUUUAUGUCGACGAUUAUAAUCAUAAUCUUUAUAUUGCUGAUAGUGAGAACCAACGUAUUGUUAGAUGGAAAUUUGGUGCGAACAAUGGUGAAAUCGUUGCAGGUGGAAAUGGACCUGGAGACGCAUUAAACCAAUUGAGGUCUCCAACAGAUGUAAUUCUUGAUAAAGAGAAGAAAUAUAUCAUCGUUUGUGAUCGGGGCAACUCACGAAUUAUGCGAUGGUCUCGUGGAAAUAAUCAAUAUGGACAAAUAUUAGUAAUUUCUAUUGGUUGCUUCGGUUUAGCAAUGGAUAAUAAUGGAGAUCUUUAUAUUUCAGAAACUUAUAAACAUCAAAUCAGACGUUGGCGAGAAGGAGAUAAAGAAGGUACAGUUGUCGCAGGUGGAAGUGGACAAGGAAAUCAACUUAAUCAAUUUAAUGAACCUCAAUAUAUCUUCGUCGAUGACUAUCACUCAGUUUAUGUAGCAGAUUCUAUGAAUCGUCGUGUAAUGAAAUGGAUGAAAAACGCCACCGAAGACCUUCUCGUUGCUCCAGUGCAAGUUUCUGAUAAGAAUCUCAAUUCUCGACGGUAUACACCCGUAGGUAUACUUGUUGAUCAUAUCGGUAAUAUUUAUGUGUCGGAUGCGCAAGGUCUACAAAUAACACGUUGGUCGCCAGAUACAGAGAAAGGCACUGUUAUUGUUAAUGACGGUGAAUGGGGAAACAGACCCCCACAGCUCAUGUACCCUCAAGAUUUAUCAUUUGAUCGAGAGUGUAAUCUUUAUGUUGUCGAUUGGUUCAACCAUCGAAUACAAAAAUUUGCUAUUGAUCUUGACUAA